AUGUGGCUGUGUACUCUCCUUCCUGUUCUGUUUGGCUGUCUCUCUGGGUCUGCCUUUUCUGCACCAAGAGCCUGGCUGUUGCCAAGGCAGAGACCUCGCUUUGACCACCCUGGAGAUGUAAUAGUGGGGGGCAGCUUCUCCAUCUUUCGUUUCUCUAAUGGUACCCUGUCUGACUUCACUUCCCCACCAUCUGGACUUCUAGUUUCAGGCGUUUCCAACUGGGGCUACCGGGUGGCCCAGAGUUUCGUCUUUGCCAUCGAGGAGAUUAAUAGGAGUGCUCACUUGCUGCCCAAUGUAACUCUGGGCUUCUCUAUUCGAAACUCUGGGGACACAGUGCAUGGAGCCCUCCAUGAGACAAUGAGCUUCCUCACGAGGCAGGAGGAGCCCAUCCCCAACUACACAUGCCAGCAUGGCUCUCCUCAGGCUGCGUUGGUUGGGGACACACGGUCAUCCCUGUCUGUCUCCAUGGCCAGACUUCUGGGGCUCUACAAGUUUCCCCAGGUCAGUUAUUCAUCCUCACUACCCAGCCUCAGUGACAAGAUCCAGUUCCCAUCUUUCCUGCGAACUGUGACUAGUGACCUCACAUCUUCCCUUGCAGUGACCCAGCUGAUAAUUCACUUUCAGUGGUCCUGGGUGAUCAUUCUGGCCCAUGAUGAUGAAUAUGGGCAGCAGGCCAGCUCUCUGGCCACUCAGGAGCUGAGCAGAGCUGGUGUGUGCAUUGAGGUCAUCCUCCAUGUUGCUUCCCAUGAGUCUUUGGGGAAGACUGAAGAGAUUGUCCAGAAUAUGCAAAAAUCCACAGCCAGGGCUGUUCUGGUUUUCCUAAGCAAUGCAAAUUUCCAGCCCAUCCUGUAUGGCUUACUGGGCACCACUCUGUCAGACCAGGUUUGGGUCAGCAAGGACACUCUGCACAUGGCUUUUGCCCUGACCAUUCCCGGCAUUUCCCGGGUAUUACACAGCACCUUUGGUCUUCUGUAUCACAGCAGCAGGGCAACUGGCUUCCCUGAUUUCCUUGCUCACCUGCAGCCCAGCCAGACCCCAGAAGACAUGUUUAUAAAGAAGUUCUGGGAGUUCACCUUUGAUUGUAAAUGGCCCCACCAGAGCAGCACAGUGACAGAAGGUGUCCAGUUGUGCUCAGGAAAUGAGAGUCUGAAAAACAAGCAGUAUGCUUUCCCAGAAGUGAGUAAAACUGAUGUUGCUUACACAGCUGUCUACAGCAUUGCUCAUGCCCUGCAAGACAUGAUAACCCAUGGGCACCAGCAUGGGAAAGUAACCGACUCUGAGGACUUCCAACCCUGGCAGCUGCUUCAUGCCCUCAGGAAGGUGCACUUCAAGACUCCUGAUGGAAGUGAGAUUAUGUAUGAUGCCAGUGGUGAUUUGGUGACAAAAUUUGACAUUUUCCAAGGGUGGAAGACCCCUGAGGGUAUAUUCAAAUUGGUGCACAUAGGCAUGAUAGACCCUCAGGUCUCUUCAGGGAGCAAGAUGAUGAUCCAUUUGAAAGGGGAUCUUCAAGUGCCCAGAUCUGUCUGCAGUGAAAGCUGCCUUCCAGGGUUCAGCCAAGUGCCCAGGCUGGGAGCCCCCAACUGCUGUUUUGAUUGCAGACCCUGCCCUGAGGGACAGUUUGCAGACCAAAGAGACAUGAAGAGCUGUCUUCUGUGCCCCAAGGAGCAGUACUCAAGCCACACGAGAGACCGUUGCCUGCCCAGGACAGAGAUCUUCCUGGCCUUUGAGGAACCUCUGGGAUUCAUGCUGGCUUUGGUGGCACUCUUCCUGGCUGGUCUGGCUGUCCUGGUUCUGGGAGUGUUCCUGAAGCACAGAGACAGCCCUGUGGUCAGGGCCAACAACAGAAGUCUCAGCUACUUACUCCUGGUCUCUCUUUGCCUCUGUGCCCUGUGUGCCUUGCUGUUCCUUGGGCGACCCAGUGUCACGACAUGCCUCCUCCGUCAGACCACCUUUGCUGUGGUGUUCACGGUGGCUGUGUCCUCUGUUCUGGCUAAGACUCUCACAGUGGUCCUGGCCUUCAGGGUCACCAGGCCAGGGGACAGGAUCCGGGUAUGCCUGAACCCCGGGGCUUCCACCUCAGUGGUCCUUAUUGCUUCUUUCAUUCAGGUUGUUCUUUGUGGGGUCUGGCUGGCCACAUCCCCACCAUUCCCAGACAGGGAUAUGGUCUCAGAGCCUCAGCACAUUGUCAUUCAGUGCCAGGAGGGUUCUGGCACCAUCUUCUUCUGUGUGCUGGGCUACUUGGGUUUCCUGGCAGUGGGUACCUUCUCUGUGGCUUUUCUGGCCAGGGGCCUGCCAGAUGUCUUCAAUGAGACUAAGUUCCUGACCUUCAGCAUGCUGCUCUUCUGCAGUGUCUGGAUAGCCUUCCUGCCCCUGUACCACAGUGCCCGGGGCAAGUCCACUGUGGCUGUAGAGAUCUUCUCUAUCCUGGCCUCCACUGCUGGCCUUCUAGGUGGCAUCUUCAUCCCCAAGUGCUACAUCAUCUUGCUGAAACCAGAGAGGAACACUGCUGUGUGGCUAAGGCAAGGCCACCAGGCACAGCAGGAGAGGCAGAGUGAGAUGCUCCAGAGAAGGUGUCUCCCCACAUCCAUACCACAAACCUUUAUUAUGUAUUUCUCAGGGAAGUCACCAGGACCAGUCAUGUGA